AUGCCUCCCAAGUACAUGUCUGGAUAUCAAAAGAAGAAAAGAAAGCUGAGAAUAGAAUCAUUAAUUCAAAGUCAAGCUGGAGAUAUCAAUAAGUACUUUACUCCCAAUCUUGUAGAGAGUAAAAAUGUGGCUGAAAAUUUGUUGAAUAACGAAGAGGAUAUGGGAUUAAAUGAUGAUGAUAAAGUGCUUGAACCUGUCAAUAUGGAUGAAAUGGUUAACAAUAAUAAUGAAGAGAUUCUUGAAUCUCUCAUUGUAGAUGAAUCUGAUUUUUUUGAGAAAGAUGAUGAGCAAGUUCAACAUGAAACUUUAAGUCAAGAGACUUGUUUUGAUGAUCCAGGAAAGUGGGAUAAUAUUGAUAAAAAAAUUAGAGACUUUUUAGUGGAGAGAGGUCCAAAAAGAGAUGCUUGUACGUUGUUUCCAAAAGAUAGUACCAACAGACAUUUUAAUGUAUUGCAUUAUAAAAGAAUUUUGUCAAACGGGGAGGAAAAUGAUAGAAGAUGGCUAUUAUAUUCAAUUUCUUUGGACAAAAUUUUUUGCUUUUGUUGUAAACUGUUCAAAAAGCAAAAGCAUAAGAUUGGUACUCAGUUAGCUAAUGAAGGAUACAACGACUGGCAUAAUUUGAGUCAUUGUCUUACAUCCCAUGAAGCGAGUAAGGAACAUAUGGAGUGUAUGACUGAUUGGCUUGAAUUAGAAAGAAGGUUGCAAAAGAAUCAGACAAUUGAUGCAAGAGCACAAGUACAAUUGAACAAAGAAAAAGAACACUGGAAACAUGUGUUACAUAGGAUAAUUGCUAUUGUGCAAAGACUAGCAAAAAAUAACUUGGCCUUUAGAGGAAGUUGUGAGAAGCUUUAUGUUGAAAACAAUGGUCUCUUUCUGCAAAUGGUUGAAAUGAUUGCUGAGUUUGAUCCAAUAAUGAAUGAGCACCUUCGGCGUAUUAAAGACCAUGAAACUUAUACUACAUAUCUUGGUAGCAGAAUUCAAAAUGAAUUGAUAGAAAUGUUGGCAGGUGAGGUAAGAAAGAAAUUACUUGCAAAAGUCAAAAAGGCAAAAUACUUUUCAGUUAUCUUAGAUUGUACUCCAGAUAUUAGUCAUAAGGAGCAAAUGUCUCUUGUCAUACGGUGUUUGGAUGAGUCAGAAAAUUCAAUAAAAGUGAAAGAAUAUUGGAUAGAAUUUUUAGAGGUGGAUGACACUUCUGGGCUUGGACUUUUUACACAUCUUAAGGAUGCUUUAAUCCAUCUUGAGCUUGAUAUUGAUGAUAUACGAGGUCAAGGAUAUGACAACGGAUCUAACAUGAAAGGAAAACACAAAGGUGUACAAAGAAGGUUGCUUGAAAUAAAUCCCAGAGCCUUUUAUACUCCUUGUGGUUGUCAUAGCCUUAAUUUGGCAUUAUGUGAUAUGGUGAACUGUUGUCCUCAAGCUAUGUCAUUUUUUGGAGUAAUACAACGCAUUUAUACAUUAUUCUCCUCUUCUACGAAGAGAUGGAGAAAUUUUAAAGAUCAUGUAAAGGGUUUGACAGUUAAGCCAUUGUCACAAACACGCUGGGAAAGUCAUGUUGAGAGCGUGAAACCUAUAAAAGAACAAACUGCCCAAAUUAGAGAUGCUUUACUUGACUUAACAAAUGAUACUGAAGAUCCCAAAACAAAAAGUGAAGCAGAGUCCUUGGCAUUAUAUGAACUUGAGAAGUUUGAAUUCUUACUUGGUGUGCGAGUUGUUAGUAGAAAAAAACAAUUUGAAGAAAGUAGUAGUACAGAAAUAGCAUUGUCAGCAGAGGAGUCCUUCAGAGUUAACUACUUUCUCUUUAUAGUUGAUCAAGCUCAUUCAUCUAUUGAGUCUCGAUUUGCACAAUUUAAAAAAUAUCAAGAAAUAUUUGGUUUUCUAUUCAAUGUGGAGAGGUUACAAUGUUCUGAUGAUGAAAGCUUGUUGAGGUCUUGCAAGAAUCUUGAAAGUUCUCUUGCACAUAAUGGUUAUUCUGACGUUAAUGGAGAUGAUUUGUUUUCAGAGUUAACAUUUUUAAAGUGCUCUUUACCAGAGGAAUCGAAAUCAGCUAUUGAUGUAUUAGAUUAUUUGAAAAAGAUGGAUGGUUGUUUUCCAAAUGCUCAUGUUGCUUACAAAAUCUUGCUGACAAUACCAGUUACAGUAGCAAGUGCAGAAAGAAGUUUCUCAAAGUUGAAGCUUAUCAAAACUUUUCUUCGAUCGACCAUGUCACAAGAAAGAUUGAAUGGGCUAGCUAUGUUAUCAAUUGAAAAAGAAAUUAUUGAACAACUUGAUUAUACAGACUUGAUUAAUAUUUUUGCCGCCAAAACUGUAAGGCGGGUUGUCUUUAAUUGA